AUGACCCAAAUAGAAUCCAGUCUACAUGAUACAGAUGUUUCGUUUGCCAGCAGACCAGAUGCUGAAGCUCCCGUUGAAAAGACGGAUGCAGUAAUUACCGGUGAUGUUGAAGCGUUGGGAGAAGAAGCGAGGCCGAUAGAUGCACAAUUGCAUGCGCGAGUUUUGCGCAAGAUUGAUUGUUUCUUGAUGCCUGCUAUGGUUAUUGGUUAUGGAUUGGUUUAUUGGGAUAAGGCAAUUCUUGGAAGUGCCGCUCUCUUCGGCAUGACAACUGAUCUCCAUCUCAUUGUUACCAACACCUCUGUGAAGCCACCCGUAUCGAACUCGUCAAGAUUGAGCUGGGCGACUUCGAUCUUCUAUUUCGGCCAACUCGCUGGCUCAUAUCCCAUGGCAUAUACAGUGCAGCACUUCAAGACUCGGAAUGUUUUGUGUCCGGCUGUCAUUAUCUGGGGCAUUAUUUGCGCAGCUACUGCCGGCGUUACUACCUGGCACGGCUUAUUUGCGCAGCGAUUCUUCCUUGGUUUCACCGAAUCCAUCAUCCCAACCGCAUUCAUGACAAUAGUUAGCGGCUACUACACUCAACCCGAACAAGCUCUCCGCCAAAGCUGGUGGUUCUCUGGCACUGGCUGGUUCACCAUCAUCGGAGGCGCACUCAACUAUGGGUUUGCGCAGGUAAAAAGCGGUGAUUUGGCACCUUGGCAAUAUAUUUAUAUCUUCGCCGGGUGUAUCACAGCACUAUUUGGGAUAUGGUGUUUCUUCCUGCCUAAUUCUCCUGUUGACGCGUGGUUUUUGACGCCAGAAGAACGGAUUGCGGCUGUUGAGCGGUUGAGAGCUGGACAGACUGGUGUGAAAAAUAAGACAUUCAAAGUCGAGCAGGUCAAAGAAGCGAUUUUGGAUGUUAAAAUUUGGCUGGUUGCGAUUACGAUGGCUGCGGCAUACACCGUCAACGGUGCAGUCUCAGGUUUCGGCCCCCUCAUAGUCUCAACAUUCGGCUACUCAACGCUCGACAGUAUCCUCUUCCAAUUCCCUCUAGGCGGUCUCUCGGCCUUCGGAAUCACAUUCACCGGCUGGCUCUGUUCACGAUACCGCAACAUUCGCGCCAUCUCUCUUGUUCUCUGCUGCCUACCCGUCAUCGCCGGCUUUGUCAUGAUCUGGAAAUCUUCCUGGGGCCAUAAACCCGUUACCCCCGUAGCGGGUUACUCGUUAAUCGGCUUCUUUGGACCCGUGGUCAGUUUGACUAUCUCCCUAGCUGCGAGCAAUGUUGCCGGUGAGACCAAGAAGAGUUUCAUGGCUGCUGCAGUGUUUGUAGCGUACUGCGUGGGAAAUAUUAUUGGGCCGCAGUUGGUUAAGAGCCAGACCAAGGCACAGCACUAUCCUGAGUUGUGGACUGGGUUGAUUAUUUGCUACUGUAUUACCAUCCUCUCCGCGACUACGCUGUACUUUGUGCUGCGUCGCGAGAACAAACUGCGCGAGGCAGUUGUCGAGGUCGAUGAGCGUGAGCGAGAUAGACUUGCAUUCAAGGAUCUUACGGAUAAACAGAAUUCGUACUUUAGAUACGUGUUGUAGCCUGGUCAGUAUAUACCACCAUCUAAUCAGAUGGUUAGGUAUCGUGGGGCUCACAAGCUUCAUGGAUACUUGAGCUCAAGGUGUAAAAAAGGUUAUGAUAGUUACAAUACACAAUUAACCCU